CACACACACACACACAAACAAUUUGAAGGCCUGUGGAAAGAACACGAAAUAUACAGACUUUAUACUCAAAAGGAAAAAGUGCAUUAUUUUUAUGUGUAUAUAUGUACAUUUCCUUCUCUUCUCCUGCCCCGUGCUGUGUGUGGACAUGAACGCGCUGAAUUCUUCAGGCUUCAGGUAAAGUCGCGUUUAUGGGCGGUUUAUAAGGCGGAAAGAAGGCGGAACGGAUGAACUGCUGUGGCUUAAACACCACAACACUACACUACACUGCACCACGCCGACAUGGUUUUGGUUUCUAAACUGGAAAAGAAAGUGGAAAAAACCGGCAAUAAAUUAAACAAAUCCGGACUCAGUCAAGGUGUAAACAGGAUUUAUUCCGAAACGGCUUCCUUUUCAGAGAGUGUUGCUCCUUUCUGAAGACAGCAUUCUACUCAUGGCACCAACUCUUCAGGUCAAUUUGCUUAUACCAUCACUGCCAUGACCAGUGAAGGCUUGGUUGACUCUACUUCCUCCUCCCCUCUGGACCCGAGUGACAAGAUUUCUGUCUGGCUCUCCAGCCUUCACUUGCCUCAGUAUGCCACCAGCUUUGCUCAGGCAGGCUACCACACCCUGGCAGACUGCAGGGCCCUUGAUGAGGAAAAGCUCCUUCAAGUGGCUCACUUUCCCACCGGCCAUCGGCGGAGGAUCCUGCACAACCUCGAGAUCCUCAAGGCAGGUGAUAAUCAACAUAUCCAUGGUUCUGAGAUGGAUGGAGUGAAGAAAAAACCCGUUCCCUUUCCAAGAACUAUCUUUCUUAAGGAAGGGAAGAGAGUAACCUCCUCUCAGAAUCCACAGACAAACACUGGAUACAACAGAUUUCCUGGAAGCCAGACUCUUCCUACAGGGACUUGUAAAAAAAAAUGGCUUCAGCAUGAUGCUGAUUUUAUCUCCACUGUCUCCCACACACUCCCACGAACCCACCACAAUGCGCCACUUUCAGGUUCCAAAGCUCCCUCUAUGGCCAGCAGCAACGAAUCGCUGUCGCUUUCCUCACACUCUCUGCCCUCGGAUUGGGAGAACUUCUUGAAGGACAUAAGUGCUAGUAAUCCUUCCAUCGCACAGACAGUCUCGGGUGUAACAGAUGAAGGUUGCUCAGUUGGAUUCCAGGGAGUAAUGGUGGACAAUGAUAUAUAUGAGAGUAGCCAAUUUACAGAUUCAUGUUUAAGGCCCACACGCUCCUACAAGCUACGACACAGGCCUGUACCAGAGAUCCCAGAAUGCACCGUCAUCCCACUGCUCGACUGCAGUGCGUCUGUGAAAGCCGGCACAGAGCAGUACAGCAGCAUCGACAAUCCCAGCGGCAGCAGCAGUCAGAGAGCCCCUUUUCACGGGACACUAACAUCUGAGGACAUCAGUCCCUAUGGUGAGAUUUAUUUCCAUGACACCAUUGCAGAAAACAAACUAGUUGUGGAUACAAAGGGAAUGUUAAACCAAGACACCAAUGAACAACUGCAACAGAAAAAAUUGAGGAAGCAGCAGGCCAAGCAGCAAGAAAAGGUGCUAGAAAGCACAAGCAAGCGCUUCAGUGAUGAUUAUGCUUUGCUUCAGCCAUGCGGUUCUAAUCAGGAGCCAGCCAGUGUGUGUUCUUCAAGCACAGCAAAUUUGCAGUCACUGCCACCGACUGGAGCCACGUUACAGGUGGAUUCAGCCGGUGUUUGUCGUGAGCCAUCGGAUGCUCUCUCUCGACUGGUGAAACACACUCUUCCUCAUCCCAGUCAAUCAUCCAUAUCACCUUACGCCUGCUUCUACGGACAACCUAAACAGCCUUUGAAAAUGGGCUGGCUGGACAAGCUCUCUCCUCAAGGAAAUCGGGUCUUUCAGAAAAGAUGGGUCAAGUUUGAUGGCGAGAAUCUUACUUAUUAUAACAAUGAUAAGGAGAUGUACUCUAAAGGACUGCUCUCUCUCCAAGCUGUUAAGCAGGUGCGCUCUCUGGGAGACAAUAAGUUUGAGGUGGUCACCUCAUUGAGAACCUUUGUUUUUCGAGUAGAAAAAGAAGGAGAGCGUCAGGAAUGGCUGGCGGUGCUGCAGGCUGCUCUGAAGUCUGGCUCAUCCGUUUCCCACAUGCCCUGUAAGCUCAGAUCCAGCAAGAGCGGCUACGUGGAGCUGCGCGGCCACAAAGGCAAAAUCUACCUCAGCCUCACGGGAACCAAAAUCCGACUCUGCAAAACAGACCAGGACUUCAACACUGGGUUGGCUAUCACCGUGGUGGAUCUGACGACUGCCUGUGUCAAACACGUGGACCGCAAAGGCUUUGAGAUCAACACUCCUUUCAAAUCCUUCUGCUUCACAGCCGAAUCCGAGCGAGAGAGGGAUGAGUGGAUCGAGGCAGUGCAGGAAUCAAUCGUCGAAACUCUGUCCAAUUACGAAGUGGCCGAGAAGAUUUGGUUCAACCAGUCGAACAGGAGCUGCGCCGACUGCCGGGCUUUCUAUCCUGAGUGGGCCUCCAUUAACCUCGGGGUGGUCAUCUGUAAAACGUGUGCAGGCCAACAUCGGUUCUUGGGGCCUGGUAUCUCUCAGGUGCGGAGUCUGAAGUUAGACAGCAGCAUUUGGACCAAUGAACUGGUGGAGCUCUUUUUGGAAGUUGGAAAUGAGAACGCCAACAAGUUCUGGGCUGCAAGUCUUCCACCAGAGGAGGAGCUUCACCAGGGGGCGUCACCAGAACAGCUUGCAAUCUUUCACCGCAGGAAGUACAAAGAAAGGAGGUACAGGAAAGUUCUGGAAGGACUGAACAGCCAGGAGGAACUCAACAAGGCUUUGUGUUCUGCAGUGCUCCAGCCUGAUGUGUUGUUGACCAUGGCCUUGGUGUUUAGUGGGGCAGAUGUGAUGUGUCCUACAGGAGAUCCUGUCUUCUCCACUCCUUACUUACUGGCUCAGAAAGGAGGUCAGAGGCUACAGAUGGAGUUUCUUUACCACAACCAACUCUCAGAAUUUGCAAAACUGGAGAUGUUAGGUGACAGCAGAUCUUCAGUGGACUUUUCUUCUUUCAUGGAUGGGUUUCUUUACUGUUCGGUCAACAUGCUGAAGAGCACGCUGGAUAAAAAAUGGCGAGAAGACAUGGUUCAACGCUGGUGCACGCUAGAAGGCGGCUACCUGAGUUACUACGACGGUGAAAAGAGCGCCGCACCGAUCGGAAGAGUGGACAUCAGUGAGAUGGUUAGCCUGGCCAUCAACAACACGGAGACCAUGACAGGAGCAGGGGCGGUGUUCACCUUUGAGAUCUACCUGGCGUCUGAGAAAAUGCUCUUGUUUGGCACACAGACAUCAGACACGCAAAAAGCCUGGGUCCAUGCCAUCACCAAGUGUUUGGACCCUGAGAGAGCAGACUCUUUGCUGAAGAAGGACUAUGAUCUGAUUGGUCGUUUGUACUAUAAAGAAGGUCAUGACCUUUAUCAUUGGAGACGAGGCUGGUUCUCGUUAGUCGGCUCCGAACUGUUCCUUCAUCCCGAAGACGAGCACGUAAACGAGAUGGUUCUACAGCUCAAACGCCUGCAGGAAAUUACCGUCUCUACACAUUCAGAAGGAGAUGAGAGGAUUCAGGUUCUGCUCAUGGUUGAAAGUGGCAGGACAAUCUACAUGCAUGGCUUCAAUAAACUGGACUUCACUCUGUGGUACUCGGCCAUCCAGUUAGCUGCUGGUAGAGACGGCACAGCACUAAGCAAUCAACAACUGACCAAAAAUGAUGUUCCUAUAAUAAUCGACAGCUGUAUUUCCUUCGUCACUCAAUACGGAUUAUGUCAUCAGGGCAUCUAUCAGAAGAACGGUGACCCAAAACGUGUAGCCCAGCUGCUGGAGGAGUUCAUCACAGACGCGCGAAAUGUUAAGCUUCGAGUUCAGGUUCAUCGAUUGGAGGACGUAACAGAUGUCCUCAAAGGCUUUCUGUCCAAUUGUGAGGAUGCUUUACUAGCCAAAGAGCUCUACCCUUACUGGAUUUCUGCCCUCGAUGAAGUGAGUGAGAAGGACAGGGUUGAGAAGUACUCCACCUAUAUUCAGAGUUUACCCAAGAUCAACAGAUCAACUCUGGCAGCGCUAUUGCAGCAUCUGUACAGGAUUCAGAGCUGCUCUCACAUAAACCAGAUGAAAACUCAGAGACUGGCAUGCGUGUUCUCGUCCUGCCUCUUCCAGACGGGAGGACGUGCACCUCAAGAGACCCGUGUUGUGGAAGAUCUCAUCAACAACUACAUUCAGCUCUUCUCUGUCAACAAGGAGCAAGUCAAGCAAAUUGAGAAGGAGAACCGCUGUAUCAUGAGGUGGAAGGACACUACAUUUUCUCCAGCAGGUGACCUGAUCUUCGAGGUUUACUUGGAAAAGAAGGAGCCAGAAAACUGCUGUUUAAUCAAGGUCUCUCCCACCAUGUGUGCUGAUGAGCUGACUGACACCACUCUGGAGAUGAAGGGUAUAAAAUCAGAACAGCAUGACAUCUGGACCACAUUUGAGGUCAUUGAGAUUGGAGAACUUGAACGGCCAUUACACUACAAAGAGAAGAUUCUGGAGCAGGUUUUAGAGUGGAGCAUGCUGGAGGAUCCCGGCUCAGCUUUCCUGCUCAUUAAAAAAUUUCAUGGAUCUAAGACGCCCCGUUCCAACUUGGAAGGGCAGAAGGAUUUCACUAAAGAUGAGCAGCUCAAGUUUAAAGAUGGCUCCAGCAAACUGCUUUCUGGGAACAAGUUUCAGGACAGAUACUUUGUACUGCGGGAUAAGAAACUGCUGCUAUAUAAAGACUCAAAAAGUGUUAAACCUGAGAGAGAGGUUCCCGUCGAGUCGGUGAAGUGCUACUUGGGGAUAAGAAAAAAGCUGAAACCAACAAGCAAUUGGGGUUUCACAGUUUACACACAAAAACAGCAAUGGUAUUUCUGCUGUGAGGGAAAAGAGUCACAGCUGGACUGGGUUACAGCCAUUAUCAGAAGUAAGUAUCAAGGAGAUUUAUGGCCUACAUGCAAAGAAAAGAGCAAAUCCUCAGAUCAACAGAGCAGCAGAGAGCAUGCUUCUGCUCGCCUGGGUUCAGAGAUUGAAGCAGCCAAACACAGCAUGGAGGAUAACAAGAUGGUGCCCCACAAUGUCGCUUCUGACAAGAUGUUGUCAAAGAACUCAAACCAGGCUGAAAGUUUGCACAGAAUGGCAAUACUGGAGAGUGGCUUUACGUAUAAAAUCCAAAAAGGGGAUUCGAUACAAGGACCAAUUUUAGCCUCCAGUGGAGGAAAUUAUCCACUGUCAAAAGACAAAAUGGCUGUCAAAGGAUCCCUACAGAUUCAGUGUCGACCCGUACCUCAUCCAGAUUCCGGUAACCAGACCAGACCUCAGCUGAAAAAAGCAGGGACUGGGGGCAACACAGUACAAAUGCCUCAGAGUCUUCUCAACGAACUGAGCAGCGUUCUCAGCCAAAUAGGACGCACACCCAGAGAAGAAAGCUGAAAGCUUACAAAAAAACAACAACAACAAUAAAGAAACCAAGGCUGGAGUGAAGAGGCGGAAAGUGCUGCAAGGGGUAUUCCGCGGGUUCAGAGAGCAUCUGACUCUCGGCUAUCAGGAAGGCCUCUAGGAAAGCAAAAAAAUCUGUAAAUAAUGUAAAAUGUAUAUAUUGUGCAGUCACAUGAAAGCUUUUCUCGGUUUAAACCUUCACAAACCUUAAAAGAACAUCUAACUGAGCAAACCAUCCAGCCAAUAGGAUUGUACAGUGGUGUUUCUGAUAGUAAGCGAUGUAAAGGGCUCUUUUGUAGAUUAAAGGUCAAACAUCAGUAGGAGUGUGUAGAUGUAUAUGCCUCAGAGUGUACACGCUUCUUGUUCAACUUUGACUGCAGUCAAACUAGUCUUUUGUACAUUGAUUUCACUACGAAAUAUGUUAUAUACGGUUUGUUGUAAAGUCCGUUAUACAAAUAACAAAAAAAAAAGGCCCACAGGUAUGUAAUUUUAAGCCCCAUUUAGACACGCUCUAUAAAAAUGCACAAUUCUGCUUGAUUUCCUAUACUUAAUUUCGAUGCCUAAAUUGAGGUCUAGUGAAGGUCAAUCCACACAAACCUUUUUGACGUAAAAACAUUGAGCAAUUUAAAGUUUGUUGUAUAUACAAAGUAUUAGAAUGAACCAAGGCUUUUAAGGGGAAAAGUCCUUUCUAUUUCCUCCUGUGUUGGUUUCCUAAACCAUGAGCAGAAGCAUGCCUUUUUCUGCUGCGCUGCCAUAAAGUCCCACAAGUCCAAGUCACUCCAAGCCUUUAAAUAAUGAAUCUUUUUCCAAGAUGGUCCACAUGGGUUUUUGUUGUCCAGUUUGCUUGAAAAAUUUAGCAGCCUUUUAUGAUGCAUCAUGUAGCUGCUACCUUUAUUUGAUGCUCUUGUAAAAAUAGUGUGUGCACUUUGUGCCUUUUUUCAAAAUGUGUAAUGUAUUAAUGUAAAACAGUUUGUGACAUUGUCUAAAUAAAUGAUGUUAAACUUUAAAAGA